AUGACGGAAGUGCCGUCCGAGGUAUCGUCGCCCGUCGCAUCGGCAACGGGAGGUCUUGCUGCUGGAGAUUUGAGCAUUAUUCCCCACAGGUCAGCCUCGAACAAACUCCCACCACAAAGCUCCAUCCACUCGAGCGACAACAAAGACCGUGGAGGUCACGUCCAAGCAGAUACUCGCCCUUCUUCGGUUGAUGCUGAUGAACGUCGCAGCAGCAACGGGCGUGAAGCUUCUCGUGGAGCCGGUGUAAAUAUUUCGCAGUCUUCAAGCGUCUCCGGGGGAGCCGGGGGUGGCGGCAGUGGAGUUGGAGGAGUUGGGGGGGCAGGAGGUGGUGAAAGAGGUGGGAGCGGCAAUCAUACCGGCGGACUCGGGCGGAAACAGCAGACAAGCUUCUUCUCGGGGAGCAAGAUUAAACACUUGAAGAAGCCCGACGGUGUACCGCUUUGGAGAAAAGAUAUCCAAUUUGAGUUCUUGGAGGCCAUAUUUACAGACUCGAAGCAGGUCUUUACGAACAGCUAUGACGGAAGGAAAGAAUGCACUUUUGCGGAUGUGUACAUUGAUGCCAUGGCCCGGAGCAGCAAAACUAGUAAGAUCUUAAGGGAUAAGCUCAUGAGUGAAAGGGCCAAUGCGUUGAACAUGGCCAUGGUUUGUUUGUUGGUGAAUGUCGGAAGGAUGAAUACAACGUUGAAUUUUUUCCCCGAAAUGAAGGCUCAACUGCGAACUUACCAUGCCAUCCCCUCACUACAGUCAUAUACUGACGCGCACGCAUACAAACAACUUCAAGAUGCUCCGCGGUUGAAAUCAAUUCUUAAGGGCGCAUGCGAGGAUCGUAAAGAACCAUUAACUCUUGAGCAACUAGAAGCAAUGAAAGUUCCCCGAACAAACCCAAUAAAUCUAGUCUUUCUUCUUUCAACAUAUGCACCAAAGGUUUCGGAGCUGCAUUUUCCUGAGUCUAGGGACUUUUACGAUCUUAUUAUGAGGAGUACCCUUUCAAGUAAGAGUAGGGCAAGAGCUUUCCUAUGGCUGAUGUGGUGGUAUCUUGAGGGGGAUUUUACGAUAAAAUCAGCCGAAGACAAUCCCUAUGGGAAAGGCCAAGAGGCAAAGGAUGGCGGGAUACCUUGCAGGGUCCCACAGUUUGAACAUUUAACUGAAGAUCAGGCCGCUAUGGAGAACGUCGAUGCGGCCCAGGAAAUAGAGUUUGGAGAGCGAAUGCAAAAAGAGCGAAAGAAGUUGAUUGAGGAUAUUGGGAAUGCGCCUGCACCAUCCGCUGGAAAGAAAGGGAAAAAACAUAUCGCUCCUUCCCCAGAAGACGAUACUCAAUCACCAGCAGGUUCGCCCCCCUCUAAUAUGGUUACCCCCGGUGAAAGAAAGGGACAACGCUCCAUUCGAAAUUCUACCCGCACCAACAAAAGCCGCCACUAUUCACAGAAUGAGCAGUAUGAGUACGAUUCUGAUAAUAAUCACGAUCAAACACGUUCUGUCUCUCCUCAGAACUUGAUGACACCUUCUGGCAAUGGUAAAAACCUCAGCAGCCGCCGUAUUUCAACAGUUACAAAAAUCGCCCACAUUGUUAAUGAGGGACCUGACACACCUACUUCAGAACCACCUCCGAAAAACAAAGGAACUCCCAGGAUCAUUCUACGGACCGGCGGUAAACAACUGUCCUCUUCGGAUACCCCUGGUCACCUCAUGGCCGCGAGAUCGAUUCAACCGUCAAUGUCAGGGGACAAAGGAAGCCCGAUGAUGGGCUCAGAGAGAGGCCCCAAGCAAAGGCCGCUGACAAGUCACCAAAUCGCUGUCCAACAAAAUAGAAAGGAUAGGGCCGAAUACAUGAUUAAUCGCAAACUCAGAAGUCUCGAUAGGAAGUCUAUGAAGAUAAGGUUGAAGGAGGGCGCUAUGGUUAGGUGCUGGAGGAGGAUUAAGAAUCUCCCGGACCCGUUUGACAAGAGUGACGAUGAGAGGGAUGUCCGGAUUGUACGUAUCCACGAGGCACCGGCAGUUGUUUCGGGAAAAGAGUCGGAUGUUAUGGCUGAGGAUGGUAAUCCAUUCGGAAACACAGCUAGCAUCCCUGGAACACUUGGGGAAGAUGGUGUUUUAAUUGAGCCGACCCCAAAGAAAAUUAAGCUUGAGCACAACACUCCUCAUGAUUCUCACCAUAGACGCUCUACCAAUGGAACCGUUCUUCCUUCUGUAGCUGGAUUAAUCCCUGUCGAAGAAGAGGAAGAUGAUUAUGGGGAAGAAGCCAGUUCUCUUGCUGCUGCUGUCCGUAGGACGACUAGACGAUUGGAUAGAUGGGAACAGUCGGAUAGGCAGCGUGCUGCGCAAGGAUUGGCGCCAGCUACUUUCUCCCAUCCUACUGGAACCGAUGGGCGUCAUUCACAGAUCACUUCGAAGUUACUAGCAGUCGUCAACCAAGGCGGGAGUGGUGAUGAAAGCGCUCCUGGAGGAGGUGGGGGGAGUGCAAUCUAUGACGAGACACGGGAGCCUAGUUUCGCAGGGGACGAAGAUGAGGAGAUGAUAGAUGAUGCGGACGCGGACGAAGAUGAGGACAUGGAUGUCGAAUGA